AUGCAUGCUGUUAAUCUGCGUAAUAUGCUUGGUGCAUCUUGUCGUACACAACGUGAAGAACAAGGUGAUGGAACAGAAUUUAUAAUAAACGAACGAAUAGCUAUAAUAUAUCGGCAUCGGUGCGCACGGCAACCUCUUGUGACAACUACAAAUUUAAGUAAUUUAUCCGAUUUACGAUUGCAACUGGUUGAAGGCAAUGGUAGCUGUAAUGUUGAACAAUCGCAACAUUUACGUGUAAAUAUAAUAAAUAGUACCGCUCGUAGUAUGAACUUAGCGUUAAGUUUUAAUCAUCAAUUCUCAAAAAAAGAAAGAUUCAUAUGGAUAGGAGUUAUUAGUGGAAAUAUUGGAAAAUUAGAUGCACAUCAAUUAACUGAAAUUCAUUUAAAUCUUGUACCGUUGACAAGCGGUCUGAAGAAAAUUGGUGGUGUAAAAUUAACUGACAGCUAUAUGCGACACACGUACGAAUUAGAAGAAUUUCAUACAUUGUUAGUAUUACCAAAAUUUGCUAAUGAAAUAUUAUUUAAAACAACAGCUAUAUCAGAUAGUUCAUGUGAGAUUUCUUCAGUGCUCUAA